GGGUGGCCUAGGCUCCAACAACAACCGGCAGCCACGACAGACGUCGCAAAUCAAAUGAUCUUACAACUUGCCCAGUUUUUGAUUCUGGCCCAACGUCGUCUUUCCUUCAUCAACAUCAACACUCCCAACCUUGCGCCGAGCGCAAUUUCACUCGCUUUCUAUUUGUGUUUUUUCCGCAAAGAGAAUAUUGAAACGAUUAAGUUCGUUUUGUGCAAUUGAUGAAUUUUGUGCGCCGACAACAACAUUCGCGAUAACCCGAUCACGUUACUCACAUCACCCCUUUGUAACGUUCAACGCGACCCUGCGCACCGGCACAAAAACUUAGCUGCUCCCAAGGGGAGAGCUAACUUGGCGGUUACUUUGCAAUUAAAUCAGACAUCUACUCCCUCGCAAUCCAAUCCACCUAACUAUACGCACAUUAUCUCUCGCCUCCCAUUUGAGCUCCGGAUCUUCCAAUUCCCGAUCGAAGCUAUCUACUGCAGCUUUUCAUAGUAAUUAGUAACAACAACCUACACUCACCAAGAUGGCGUAUGCUGGCAGUAAUUUGGAAGAGGCGAAUACCUCGCCUCUUCCCGACAACAUGGUACGAAACCGAUUGCCUACCCUCUUUGAGGUUCUCUGCCGUCGUACACAACCUCCCGUCGAUCUCUUCUCGUUUUACAUCUACAUGCGAGAUCAGCAGCGAUCUGUUGACUAUCUUGACUUCUGGCUCGAUGUUGCACAGCACAUGUCACUUUGCCGCCAUUACGUUCGAGAACUUCGACGAUCUGUCCUGGUGGGCACACCGGACUUGGAGACGGAGGAAUCUAAGCGAUCAUCGCGAGUGUUAGAUGCGAUGGGUGACUUGAGCUAUAGCCACGAUGGCCCCGCGCGAUUUGGAAACGAGAAGGAGCGAGACCAAGAUGCGAAGAUCUCCAAUUACUUGCGAGAACAGCAGGCCGAGGACUCACCUGCUAGCAGCCAGGAGCGACGAGCUCGCGCCAGCACUCAGCUUAGCUCUAGCACACCUCAGCAGAUCACCGACUCGAAUUCUCCGGCUCAUGCCUUCAGCCGAAUUGAUAUUCAAAGAUCGGCGGAGAGAAUCCUCUACACCUUCCUGCUACCCGGUGCCGAACGUGAGAUCACUUUGGAUGGCACCAUCGCAGCCGAUGUAACCAGAGAGAUCGAGGAGAACAAUCGCGAUGACCCUGAACUUUUCGACGUGGCUAAGGAUUACGUGUUUCAGGCCAUGGAGCGAGAUGCGUUCCCAGGAUUUCUGCGAGUUAGAGCCUUCGGAAACCUGAUACCUCCUACUCUUAUCGUACGAUUGAUCGUUGGUCUUGUUGCUCUCUUUGGAGGCUUCUGGACAGGAUUCAAUCUUAUCUUCCUUGACUAUCCCCGCUUGACUCGAUGUUGGGAAAUUCUUCCCUUCACUAUCGGCGUAUACCUUCUAGCCUCGUACCAGUACUCUCUGGAUCCGAUCAUGGCGCUCCUUGGUUAUACCGAGUUGACCCCAUUCGAGUUUACUAGCAUCCGAGAGCCUUACGUCCGCAAGCUACUGUUCCAGCGUUCUCUCGUCGUUCUUGCUGUGACAGCACUGUUCGAUGCGGCGCUGUGCGUGCUGUUCAUCCUUGUACCCGGACAUAGACUCUAAGCAACCAACUGGAUAUCCUACCCAGGUAACUUACAUCAUGGAGUUACUUAGAUCCAGUGUUGCCUAUCUUAUUACACUUCACGACGUCAUGACCAUUUCUUUCAGGAGUUUCGAGAAUUGGCCUACCAAGACAUACUUGCGGGCCUUGAAUAAUACUCUGCGGCUUGUGUUGGGGAGGAUAAUGUGAUACCAUCAAGUACGAGCAAGCACGCACGCGCAUUCAUCGUUGAUUUUUUUUCUGUCUUGCCUUUUUUUUCUCUCAACAGGGGUGUAUCCUUUCACUGGUGUGAAGGGGAAAAGCAAUCAGGCAUACGGCUUACGGAUUCACACAUUUGGUCCCCAGAUAAUCUGUUUUCACCGGCAGUUCGUCUGAGGACCCUUUCACUUCUCCCAUUUAUCCUUAGAUGGAUUCAUCUUCGUUCCCCAUUCCCCCUUUUUUGGUGAAGGACCGAGCCUGGUGGCCGCUUCACCCACUUGCCUGGUUUUACACUGGCUCGUGUACACUAGCACAGAGAAACGUACCUUCAUCAGCUCGGCUUCAAGGCUGGAUGCUGCAGAUUGUAACCAAUCUUGCGAUGAAUUCUACGUUUUAUUAUUA